CAACAGUUAAGUGUAAGCGUGACCGAAUUUUCGUUUUGAGACACCGAUUUCCUCAACAUAUAUUGCUCCCAAUUACGAAUUCAAAACAACUAUGUAAAUAUCAGUACGUUCCUCUUUAAUAUGCCGAUCACUUUCUUCUGUUAACAGUAAAUACUGUACCAGCUUCAGUAUUAACGAUGAAACAAGAAGAAAUUAUCAGUGUUUGCCAAUAAUAAGAAGCUACAUGCCGCACUACUCACGACCGCAUCAUAAUAUCCUUCUUCGCCAAAUAAAGUUUCUAUAAUUUUCCCAAUUUGCAAAUGUGUUCGCUGAUUUAGUGAUCAGUUUCUCUUAACUUUCUUCUAGUCAACAGAAUUUUAUGAUAUUCUUCCAUAAGUUAUGAAGAGGUUGUCGUUGUUCGAUAUGAAUAUUGGGUUGACUUUAUCCUUAUUAUUUGUGGGAUUUCCUUUUCUUGGUAUAUCUCUGAUAAACUCCCAGUACACCUUACCAAAUGAACCUAUUAAAGAUGCACUGUACUUGCACAACACGUCGAUAUCCAAUCUAACCCUCAGAGAUUGCAGUUUUCGACCUUCCAAUAACCCAAACGUUUGCCCAGAUCAAGACAUCCGUUUUAUCCUUUACACACCAGGAGGCAAAAGACAAAUCUUCGACUAUCAACAACACGAUUGGUUGAGGCAAAGUGAUUGGGAUCCAGACAAAGAAAAUAUAUUACUGUUUCAUGGCUAUGCUGGAGGAGAUGAAACUUUGCCCAUGGUGGUACUCAAAGAUGCCUACAUCAGAAAUGGUUCCUACAACGUCUGGUUUGUGGAUUGGGGAGUUCUAUGUCAACCACCAUGCUACAGAGCUGCAGUUCACAACACCAAAGCUGUAGCUAUGUGUACUGGUCAUCUGCUAACUCAAUUGAGGAAAGAUGGUUUGGACACUGAUAGAGUUACUUGUGUUGGACAUUCUUUAGGUGCUCAUAUUUGCGGUCAAAUUUCAAAAUUCGUAGUAUUCAGAAUGCAUAGAAUUGUUGGUUUGGAUCCUGCAAGACCUUUGAUAACUAACAAUAUCAAACUGAACAGCGGAAGUGCAGGUGCUGUACAUGUCUUACAUACAAAUGCUGGACAUUAUGGUGAAGGAGGUAGAUCAGGCCAUGUUGACUUCUGUAUAAAUGGUGGAAAGGUACAACCUUUCUGCGAAAAUGUUGGAUUCGACGAUCAGCUUUGCAGUCAUGUUUGGGCUGUUUGCUACAUGGCUGAGAGCAUUUUUCCCAACUUGGCGAAAAAGGCAGAGCCAUGUUCUAGAAGGUGUCCCUCAGGGCCCCGUCCUGGGCACCGCAUUGGUAUACCGAUUUUUAUGGGACAGCAAACACCCUUAUCUGCUUCUGGAUCGUACUGUAUAAGAGAUAAAUCACCUCCAUAUUGUCCUACCGAAGUUGGCGGCUUUGGAGAUCCUAGGUGCUGUUUGAAGGCACCAGAUUACAAACCACCAUCUACAACACCUAUGAAUGAUGUCGAUACUAUAAAAAAUAAAAUAAUUUAUUGAAAA